AUGACCAUCCCGCUCACUCCGGCAGCGAGCACAUCUUCGAGCUCCAGCUCCAACAAGGACCUACCUAUCACUCCCACGAAGGUGCAUACUUUCUCACCAAAUGCAGGAAAGAAAUGGUCUCCGACUCCCGCGAGACCGUCCACUCCCACCUCACCAACUUUCGAAGCCGACAAGAAAACUGUGCUCAAGAUCGUCCGACUGGAAAAUGUCAACGAAUCUGCUGGGAAAGCAGAAAAGAGCCAACUCAACCCCAAAUCUUCCUCUUUUAAGCCUGUCACGCUCUCGGGAAACGCUAUACCUGAUAUUUCAAAGUUAUCGUUUCAGGAGGCUGGACCUUCCACAAGACAGACUGAGCCCGUCAGCCGUCAUGAGGGACCUAAUACACCCAAUCCCAAUAAGAAGAACGAAGCCCCGAGCUUCGAAACGCCACGAAGGACAACUCGCACUGAAGCAGCAGCUUCAACACCUGCUCUCACUUUGUCUCCUUACACUCCAGCUACUGGCGACUAUAGACUGCCCGUCACGCCUUCAACUCCUUCGUAUGUCACUCCAAAAAGCAUUCCUGGUAAAGGAUAUGAAGAGCAAAACCAGAAAACCGAUUUUCAUUUUGCUGCUGCCGAACAGAUUCAUGAAGACAUAGGAAGAUACCUGAUGAUCAGCAAUCUUCCUCUCGAGACGACGGAGAAUGAGGUCAGAGAUCUAAUUCAGUCUGUCUGCGAAUUCAAGGCAAUAAUCGUCAAACACAUAAGAUCGAAAGGCUGUAUCUUCGUUGCGUUUUUCGAUGCUCGGGAGGCAAUGAAGCUUUACGAUACACUUCGAACCAGCUCUGUCGCUCUCAAAGAAGAUGGCCCUGUGGUCCAUCUUCACUGCAUGGCGACCGAUCAGGCCGUUGUCCAAACGAUAAUGACGCGAUCCAGCGGUUGGGAAACGCUGUUGGCUGAUUCGGAAGCAAUCAUAACCGUAGGGGUCACGGGUGGAAUAGGCGUUUCCGUUGAGAUUAUGGGAAAAACUUUGUCGGCCAUCGGCGAGCUUCAAAGACUCGUCCCAGUGGGCCAUGAAGGGAGACGCUUUAUCGCCGAAUUCUUCGACACUCGGGCCGCCACGCAAGCGAUUCAGCUCCUCGACGGGCAGAAAGCCGGUCAAGCUCUGAUAUCCAUCUCUUAUCUCCAUGCACCUUUGGGUUCAGCUCAACCCAUCUCGAAUCCCACUGGAUAUACACUGGGCUCAGCUGCUUAUAUCCCUGGGACAUUCAGUGGAAGAGCUUUGUCUGGGAGAAGCCAGAGUGAUGAGUCGACUUCAUCCGAUGUUUUUGGUCCUAAGAAGACUGCUCAAACGAGAUCCUCUAGUCAUUUCGGCACAUCAAUCACUUCCUCCUUCAUUCGGGCUCGAAGCAAUCAAGAUGUAUUUGGUGGAAGAGAUAGCUCUUCUAUCUAUUCGACCGCACCGUCCAGCAGCCGAUUCUCGACUCCUACCAGCUUGGAUCGAGCUUCUGUUAUCGGCUCCCAAGUGAGUUACGAAACACCUGCUCAGCUUCGAGCUCUUGGUAGACGACUUCAUGAGCCCGGUACGGUACAAGGCUUGAUGAACAGCGCCGACAUGGAAGCAAGAGCUAGACAAGGUCAAGGUCUGGGUGGUCAUUGGAAUCUUCAUGACAAGAAAGCCGUUCCUCCCCAGAAUAUGGUAUUCCCUGAUAGGAUCUUAUCUGGUCUUGAUCAUCGUACCACCGUAAUGAUCAAAGAUGUUCCAAAUAAACUCUCGCGUCAGGAACUCGUUGAUAUCCUUCAAAGCGCUGUUCCAGGAGAAUUUGAUUUUGUGUACCUUCGCUUCGAUUUCAAAAACUGUUGUAACGUACGUUCGGCUGCUUCAGGUACAGAGCUGAUGGAUCAGGUUGGGUACGCUUUUGUGAACUUCUGCUCCAUCAAAGCCCUAUACGAAUUUAUUGAAGCCAAAGUGGGGAAGAAGUGGAACAUGUUUUCGAGUGAGAAAGUGCUCCAAGUUUCGUACGCCGAUAUUCAAGGAAAAUCUGCCCUCAUUAACAAGUUCAAAAAUUCUGCUGUCAUGGGUGUCAUCGAAGCUUGGAGACCUCAAAUCUUUUACUCCAACGGUCGUAUGAAAGGUCAACCUGAGCCUUUCCCGGACUCCGACAAUCUCGCUGUCCGACAGAGGUCCGCUGCCGCCCAGCUUUCCGGAUUUUCAACUCCUUCUUCCUAUUCUUAUGGACGCGACGAUCAGUACUAUGAUUACCCUUCCACACAUGGUUCCGCAUAUGGAGUUUGA